AGGCAAAAGAACAAAAUUAAAGUCGUAAAGAAAACGAAGACGAAAAAUCUUGAAAGCCAAUAUUAUAAUAAUACGAGAGUUUCUGAUUCAAGAAGAAGGAAGAAGAAUUGAGAGAAAAAAAGGGAGAAUUUGUGCGUUGUGUAGAUGCAUGUCGGAGGAAUAACAGUGGAUCUUAACUGGUUCGUUCAAUUCAUAUUGACUUCAUUCUUAAUCGCCUUUGGAUUACUACACUUGGUUAAGAAUACGGCGUCUAAGUACUUCGAGGUCGACGCCAAUUUCGAAGGCACCGAUCGUAACCGCCACGUAAUGUCCUCGAUUCCCAUCGAAAACGACGAUUUCUCUUGUGUCGUCUGCGCCAAUCCCGGCACCAAAAAGUGCUCGCGUUGUAAAUCUGUUAGAUACUGCUCAUCAACAUGCCAAUCAACACACUGGAAAUCUGGGCAUAAGACAAAAUGUAAGGAUUAUGGCAAAGUAAAUACAGUGCAGACUGCGAGAACUGAUUUUGGGUCAAACACUUCCAGUGCUUCCAGUGGUGGGGGUAAAAAUAUUAAUGGAAUUGCACUGGUUCCUGCUCGGGGAACCUGUAAGGUUUUAAAAAAGCCGAGAGAGGUUCUAUUUCCAUAUGAUGAAUUUGUGAAACUGUUCAAUUGGAACAAGCCUGGAUUCCCUCCUUGUGGGCUUAUAAAUUGUGGAAACAGUUGCUUUGCCAAUGUGGUUUUACAAUGCCUUACAUACACAAGGCCUUUGGUUGCUUACUUGUUGGAGAAGGGCCAUAGGAGAGAAUGUGGACGCGAUGAUUGGUGCUUCCUAUGUGAACUUCAGGCACAUGUAGAAAAAGCAAGCCAAAGUCAGCAUCCCUUUUCACCAAUGAGUAUUCUCUCACGCUUACCUAACAUUGGUGGCAAUCUUGGUUAUGGAAGACAGGAGGAUGCUCAUGAAUUCAUGAGGUUUGCCAUCGAUACAAUGCAAUCAAUUUGCCUUGAUGAAUUUGGUGGAGAAAAAGCUGUUCAACCGAGCUCUCAAGAGACAACACUUAUUCAACAUAUAUUUGGUGGCCACCUUCAAUCCCAAGUGUUAUGUACAAAAUGUGGUAACAUUUCGAAUCAGUAUGAAAAUAUGAUGGAUCUAACUGUUGAAAUUCAUGGAGAUGCUGCAUCAUUGGAAGAAUGCCUCGAACAGUUCACUGCCAAAGAGUGGCUUCAUGGAGAGAAUAUGUAUAAAUGCGAUGGAUGCAAUGACUAUGUAAAGGCAUGGAAGCGUCUUACUGUUCGACGUGCUCCAAACAUUCUCACAAUUGCCUUGAAAAGAUUUCAGAGUGGGAGGUUUGGGAAACUGAACAAAAGAGUGAGUUUUCCUGAGACUUUGGAUCUUAGUCCUUACAUGAGUGAAGAAGGAGGUGGCGCAGAUGUCUACAAGCUUUAUGCAGUUGUUGUCCAUGUGGAUAUGCUGAAUGCGUCUUUUUUCGGUCAUUACAUAUGCUAUGUCAAGGAUUUCAGUGGAAACUGGUACAGAGUUGAUGACUGCAAGGUUAUGAGUGUGGAACUGGAAGAAGUACUUUCUCAGGGAGCAUAUAUGCUUUUAUAUAGCAGAGUUGCACCACGGUCUUCAUGUCUAACUACUGGUGAACCUUUGAGGAAGGAGGAGCAGAAAGCAGUGAAUGGAAAAUUGGAGAGCCCAAAUGGAGAUGAAUGCUUCUCUCCCACACGGUCAAAUAAUCCCAUUAGUAGGUGUGCAUCAUCUUCAUCUGAUGAUACUUCACACUUAAGGGUUUCUGCUUGCGGAAAUGAGUCAUCUAGUGGUGAGGAUUCUCUACCCGUAACCGAACAUUUUGAGGAUAUUAAUGUGGUUAAGACCAAAUCAAGUUCAAUUGCUUUUAAGGAGGUUUCCAGUGAUGAAAAUAAGUCAUCUUCUGCUCAAGUUGCAAGAGAAGAUCCGGAGGAUGUUGAUAUGGUUUAUACCGACUCAAGUUCAUCAGAUGGGAAAGAUCUCUCUAGCUGCAACGAAAAAUUGCGUGUUGCGUUUACUUCUGAAGCUGCUAGAGAAGAUCCUGGGGAGGAUACACACAUGGUUGAUUCUGAACCUUAUUUAUCUGGUUAUAGAGAGGUUUCUGUCUGUGAUGAUGAUUCACAUGUGGCAAUUGAUUCUGAAGCUGCCAUAAAAGAUUCAGAAGAUACGAAUAUGGUUGAUUGUGAUACAAAUUCAUUUGUUGCAAAGGAUGUUAAAGUUUGUGGUAGUAUGUGUUCUUGUCCAAGUGAGACAUCUCCAGCUAGAGCUCAUAAUCUGAAAAAUUUGGUUGUUCAGAAUGGUAAUGGAGUCAAGAGAAGUGGAAUAUCAGAUGACAAUUAGUUCACAAUAAUAUUAUCGGUCGCAUUUGUCCACUAAUUUUUUGUUCAUAAAUUUUAACAAUAACGACCCCAUCUUCGAAGGAAGAGGCUGAGUUGGGAAUUUUGAUCUGGGGUUUCGAUAUUUGCAGAAAUCGCAGAUUAUAUGGUACUGAUUUUUUAGAUGGACUGGGUAACUUUAUUACUUAUUAGUGAUACAGUUUGAAGAAUGUCCAUACGUUGAGAACAGGAUUCUCUUCUCUAUAAAUGUGGCGUUUUAGUGUUUGAAUUAUAUAUGUGAAUGUGAAAGCCAUAUUUCUGUUACUGGUAGAGUCUAGCAUUGUCUUGUUUAGAAACUCUCUGGCUAUAUGCCAAUAUCUACCAAUUAGUUAAACAUCUAUUUACGAAGAUCCAAUGUUCCUAAUCA